AAUACCAUCUGCCUUAUGCAGCAAGGGACCUGUAGACUUUUCUUCUGCCAUUCUGGUGAGAAAAAGCGUGACAUUUGCUCUGAUCCCUGGAACAGGUGUUGCGUAUCAAAUACAGAUGAAGAAGGAAAAGAGAAACCAAAGACCGAUGGCAGAUCUGGAAUCUAA